UUUCUUGAUAACACGUGAUUUUUUUAAAAGACGUCUAACAAUAAAUCAUUUAGAAUGAACUUUUAAAUGCUCCGCCAUUAGUUCACAGAAUUUUAUUUUAUUCAAUAUGAUAUAAUGGGAGUUGUGUAUAUUACUUAAAUCAUAUGAAAACAAAAUACAAUGGUUGCAAUACCAAAUUACGUGGAUGGAACAUGGAGUAUAACUGUGGGAAUAUCAUCUUUUGUAGCUCAGGGAAUACUUGGAGGAUAUGUGUUCACAGCUGGAAUUUUCUAUACGUUAUUUAAGGAACAGUUUUCCCAUGUGAAUGAAGUUGUAAUAUCGUGGAUGUGUAAUUUGCCCUUGACACUUUGGUUCCUCACAGGUCCGUUAGGAAGUGUUUUAACAAACAAGUUCGGCUGUAGAGUGUGUGCCGUUAUCGGUGGACUAUGUGCAUCAGUAGGGCUUGCUUUGUGCUUUCUGUCAAUUAACUUCUAUAUGGUGUUUGUGUUUUAUGGCAUUCUAGCAGGUGUCGGCAACGGAGUGCAUUAUGUUGGAUUUGUAACUGUCGUGAACAAGUACUUCAGGAAAUACCGACUUAUAGCUAAUUUGAUCUCAUCAAUAGGUGUGACUACAGGGAUGGCCGUUUACGCCGCACUCAUUCCACAUUUGACUGAAGUCUUUGGAUGGCAGGGAUGUUUACUGAUAAUGGGGGGAAUUUCAUUUAAUUUAUGCGCUCUUGGUUGUUCUCUCUAUCCAACAGAGCUGUCAUAA